AAAGCACGCCAUGCCUUCCCUUCCUAUCCGCUUCCCCACUCUUCACCCCUCUUCUCCCCUCUUCCCCCCUCUUCCCCCCUCUUCCCACCACUCCCUCAGUCCCCCCCCUGCCCCCUCCCUCCCCCCCCCUUCACCACCCCCCCCCAACCCCCUCCCUCGUCCAUGCCAGUGUGGGCAGCAACGAGCAGUAUGACUUUGAGCAGGCCAUGGGCGCGGCGCUGCACACCAAGCCAUUCACCUUCGACCCAUUCCUCUCCGCCAACGCCACUGCUCACAUGCACGCCCUCCCCUUCCUCCACUUCCACCAAAUCGCGAUCGCGGGCGCGGCAAGCUUGGAGGCUUUCCGGGCGAAAAACCCCGGCAUCACCUUCAUGACGCUGCAGGGGGCGAUGGAGAGGCUAGGGCACUCGUAUGUGGAUGUGCUGAAAAUGGACUGCGAGGGGUGUGAGGAGGAGUUUAUCAUGGGUCUGAAGAGGGAGACUGAUGAGUUUCUGGAGAAGAGGAGGGCGGAGGGAGGGGCUUUGACCGAGGAGGAGAAGGCGGGGAAGCGGUGGGGGCGGGGCGAUGCAAAGCUGGUGGUGAAUGGGGGGAACUUGCCAUUUGGACAGCUGCUGGUGGAGUUCCACUAG